ACAGGUUUAAAAACGCCAGGCAGCGUGUAAUGAUGGAUGGCCACGAGAAUGAUGGCUCUAGCAUAGCAAGCGUUAGUGAUGACAGCUCUAUCAACGUUUGCGCGCGAGGCGAUGAAGAAUGGAACGACUGGGUAGAUGAGGGCCCUGAUGAGGUUCCCACAAGAUGUCUCCUUUCCGAUACCGAGGAAAUCUCUCCUGAGGCCGCUUUAGCUGCUGACCGAGUAAUGGGCCUUGAUUUCUUUGGGCUGUUGAACAGCCAUCAAUUAGAUUUGUACGGAGCAAUGAAGCUAAUAAAUUUUAUCCGCACCCUCGCCAAGCGAGGUAUUUCUGCAGAGGACAUCGUAGCUCGGGUUACGGACGCAGAUAGUUUGAUUGCUGCUUUAAAAGACGAAAUAUAUUUGCAGCCUAUAAUUCAGGAAGACCCUCUCUUGUAUGGACUUGGAAAGUUGCUCGAGGCGCGUGGUAUGGAUGACGCAGUUCUUUCGCGAGAGGGAGAUGGCCGAACAGGUGACGAGUCAAAAGAUAAGGCAUGUGGCAACAUCACCAUGGAGGCAGAAGGUCCAGAUUCAAAUCCUGAAUUUCUUAUGCAAGAAAAUGAAAGUUUACGCACAGACUUGAGGGAAGCACAUGCACGGCUGCGCCGGCUGAGCAUGCUCAUGGCGGCUGUUGACGACGACGUGCGAGUGUCAUCGACACCUCAGGCCCCAGACAAUGACACAUACUACUUCAGAUCAUAUAACCACCAUGCUAUUCAUGAGACCAUGCUCAAAGAUAGAGUGCGUACACAUGCCUAUCGCGACGCAAUUUUUCAGGCAGGUAUGACUGGUAAGGUGGUCCUGGAUGUCGGUGCUGGUAGCGGUGUGCUUUCAAUGUUCGCCGCAAAAGCAGGGGCAGAUCUAGUUUUUGGUGUGGACUGUAGUGAAAUUGUGAAACUGGCUAGAGCUAUCGUCCAACUCAAUGGUAUGGGACACAAAGUUAAACUUAUUCAAGGCAAGAUCGAGGAGAUAAGGCUCCCCGUGGCUGAAGUCGACGUAAUUGUCUCAGAAUGGAUGGGCUACUGCCUCUUGUACGAGUCCAUGUUGCUGAGUGUAUUGACAGCGCGUGACAAAUAUUUGCGUCCGGGCGGCUUGAUGCUACCCAGCCGUUGCUCAAUGGUUAUUCAGGGAGUAAGCGACGUGGAGCGCCGACUGAGCUGGUGGUCGGACGUGUACGGCUUGGAUAUGAGCCCUCUUCGGGCCGCGGUCAUGUCUGAGCCGGCUGUGGAAAGUGUAUAUCAAGAGGCAAUACUUACUGACGCUUUCAUCUUCAAAGAUUUUGAUCUCUACACUGUGAAAGCACGGGACCUUGAUUUCGAGGCCGACUUCGUGCUGGAUGUUCAAGCUUCGCAAAUCGAACCUUUACCCUUAUGCGGCUUGGUGGUCUCCUUUGACACUUUCUUCGAAAACCUACUGGGUCAGCAAGUUGUAAGUUUCUCCACGCGACCCGAGUCAAACGAUACUCACUGGCAUCAGACGCUUUUCUGGUUGUCGGGAGCACCAAACGAGGUGCUUACGGAGGGUGACACCAUAAAGGGAAAUAUAGGCUUUAGACGGACAUCAACUAACCAUCGUGAGUAUGAUGUACAUAUCUCGUGGGAGGUGCGGCGAAACAUGGGAAGCUUGUUACUUGGAAACGGGCAACAAAGCUUUACGCUAGGAAGCUGAGCCCAAGAGGAGUUGUCUCGGUAAGAUUUCUGAUUAUCAAAAGUUGAGAAAUUUUCAGAUGGCUACAUAGCAAAAGUCUGUAAGUGCUAAUAAAUGCUCUAUACGAUCAGAGAAUCGGGUUUCUAUUUC